AUGGAGAGACUGGAGGACUACGGGGGGACUAAAAAGGGACUACAAGGGGUGUGCCCCGCCCCCUCGUGCUCCUCCACGCCCAGAAGAUGGUGCAGUUCGACCCCCUCCUCCACCUCCACGUCCCCCGCCGAACCCCUCGCCGCGCCAAGCCCAGGGGUGACGGUGACGGUGUGCAACGGACUGCCGCAGCUGACCGUGCCUCUGCCCUCCCGCAGCGACCGGUGCCGCUUCACGCUCCGGCCCGUCACCCACACCGUGCAGGACUUCGUGGACCAGCUCACCCACGAGGACCACGGCAUUGACAGGGUCGUCCUCAGAACCACAGACGGGACACGCAUCUCCUCCUCGGACAGCAUCGAGUCUUUGCUCAUGAACAACUUCGACCUCAUCAUCAACGACGUCAGGUACCGCGUGGAGGUGCCAUCAGGACAGAAGCUCACCCUGGAGGAGCUGAGUGACAUGGGUGAUGUGCGGCAUCUGGUCAACAAACUCUACAUGGCGCUCAAUGUGGACCAGCACCAGGUCAUGAAAGAGAGGGACAUCCUGGCGCAAAUUGAAGACCUCAAGUCCCAGCUCGCCCCUCUUGAAAAGAAGCGCGAGGACUUAGUGUCGGCAGCAGAGCGUCGCACCACCAUCCUGGCCUGGGCUGGGCUGGGCUACAUGGCCCUACAGUUUGGGUUCCUUGCCAGACUGACUUGGUGGGAGUACUCCUGGGAUAUCAUGGAGCCCGUCACAUACUUUGUGACCUAUGGCACUGCGAUGGGGGCGUACGCUUACUAUGUGGUGACUAAGCAGGACUUUGUGUUGGCAGACGUCCGGGACAGACAGUUCCUUCUCUGCUUCCACAAAAGGGCCAAGAAACUGGGGCUCAACGUGGACAAGUACAACAUGCUCAAGAACCGUCUGGCGGAACUCCACAAGGACCUAGACCGGCUACGUGACCCUCUGGCCCUUAACCUACCUCAUGCCGUGCUGAAGGAGCCCCGCGGCUCCCAGGCUCCCCUUGCCAAGGCUCAGCAGACCCUCAAGAAUCUGCUGAGGAUGAGGGAAGACAAGUAGCUCUGGCAUCGCUUUCGGCUGAGGAAACAGUAGCCGUGCAGUAAGGUGGCAGGUUGAGUCGUAUAAUAUUGCACAUGUCCUUGAGCACAAAGUAACGCAUCCCAGAGCUGCUGCAAAGUGUGGAAUGUUAGUGGGGACAACAUGAGACUAACUGCCAAUUUUGAUAUAGAGCUUUCUGAGUGAAGAGCUUUGCCGUAUUAGCAGUGUGUGAGGGAAGGUGGUGGGCCGUCAGGGGAUCUUGUGAAAUGGUAGACUAUAAUAAAAUGGUAUAUGCUGCACAUCCCAACAAGGUUGCCGAGCACAACAUUACAUUGUUAUUAAGUGGUGUUAUUAGCAACUCUGGGACUACUAAUGAGUGUGUUAAAGAUAGGCAGACUAAAAAUUGUUGUUAAUGUGUGAUAAAUAGUUGAGACACGUUAGGAACAUGUGCUGUUAGACAUUAUUUUUUUGUUUUUUUGAGUCUAACAGCGUAUGGCCCCCCAAGAUGGAUUAGCGCACCACGAACCUCUCUGUUAACCUUUAAAUCACAUAUAAUCGUGAUCGACAGGCUGGCAACACUAAAACAAUGACAGCAGCUUGUAGGUACGAUCUCUAGCUACUGAUCCCAAGGUCUAUAUCAGCACAACAUGAAUCCUUUACACCACAAAUCAUGUAUAGACCAGAACCUAAAUCAACCAAAUCAACAACAAUAAUAGGGAGCUAAUGGGUAUGUCAAGGAAUCAGACUCUUUCUCUAGACGAUCAGGAGCAUAAAACAACAAAUUACUACACUCGUUGUCCACAGCCUAACCAAACCAAAUCAUCGACCGCAACAGGGAACUAGUAGGUACAGUACAUUAAGAAAUCCAGAUCUUUCACUAUCUUUACCUUUGUCAGAAGCAUGAGGAAACCCACAUGAAGAGGAAAAUGAGGGAUCGUCAGGAAGACACAAGAGCCAUUAGGGUUCAUGAGGUGUGUGCCGGGGCGAGGUGUGUCUCUGGGCAAAGGCAGCGAUGGCGCACCUCAAGGGGACGGCUUUUGGCCAUUCAGGGAGGAGGAAAGGGAGGUCCCGAAGCCUUUAACCUGGGAAGAAAUCAAAGAAGUGUAUCAAAAGCACAAAUGUAGGUAACUUCUCAUGUAUGACUUGUUAAUCCUCGAGUACACACACACACACACACACACACACACACACACACACACACACACACACACACACACACACACACACACACACAAUGAAGGGGUGUGAGGUUCCAGUUAUAUCCAUAGAUCCAUCCCUUUGAAUUCCAAGAUCUCUCGGGAAGGGUACUGGCUGGCGAUCACGAGUCCAGUAAGUGAUCAUAGCGUGGGUGAAUGACAGAUUUAUUUAUGUGUAUACCCACACCCACCUAUUAUGCUCACAAACUUAUACGCACUCUUAUUGGUAAUGAGGUCAGGUAAGGAACUGCUGUGGAAAAUAGAGCAGAGGUUGAAGAUUGCUCGUCGUCAAAUAAAGAUUGGUUAGCAUUUUAUACUUUGAUGAUAGUUUAGGUUUAGACCUCUGCUAAACUUUUCAGAGUUUCAUAUUCCUGAUUUCAGUGCUACUUUGAAAUCUGCAUACAAAUAGAUGAAAACAAUACUAUGCAACACACACACACACACACACACACACACACACACACAGUCGUACAUACUAACGCACACAAUCACACGAGCACACAUCCUCAUCUUGAAGACUCGUAGAGACGCUUAACAUGAUCUUGCAGUUAUGUACGUGCUGUGGAAUGUUUCUAUUAAUCCGUUUAGGUUAAUUUUAUAUCUAGAGUUAAGCCUCUUAAGUAAUGAAUUGAGGAGAAAGACAACAGUCGCCUCCCUGCUUCUUGUUCACCCAAGUGGUUCAUGCGUUGAGUUGGCAACAAUGAAAACCCUCACAGUGUCAUCAAACAGGAAUUAAAAAGAGAAAAUGUAAAUACAUAUUUAACAUAACAAUAUUAUGCUGAUUCAAAUAAGAAGAAAGAAAAGUGGGAAAAAAUAAACUUCUACAGAAACUCUGGCUGGUGCUGGAAACACCACACUCAUUAUAACAAGUAGAGAGAGGAAGAAAGUAGGAAGAAAUAUACUUAAGAGAAUCUUUAAUGCCAGAAAUAUGGAAUGAUGUUGUCAUGUGUUGUUUGUUACUUUUGCAGUGAGUUUAGAUUCACCUCAACUAGAAAAGGGAGAAAAAACAUGAAAAUAAGAUAGAAAUGUCUAGCUAUCACCGCAUUCAUCCUCAACCAACACACAUAACUAGAAAUAGACUCCAUGGUGGAUGUCUUCGUAGAUAUAAUGCUCAUAGUCACAAGGCAUUGUAAGGCAACAAAUAGUUUGACAAUGUGUCUUCCUAAGGUGGUGGGUCUGCAGGCUGCUGCAGGGGCCAGCAGAAGGGCUGAUCAGAGGGUCAACGGGACCCUUACAACGGAACGGUUUGCGUUCGAGCCCACAACCCCAAGCGAGCUGAUUAUGUAACUCCUCCAAGCGUCGAGUGGCUGUCCGUUCCGUUGACCUCCAGUUUUAGGCUUUUUCUUGCUUGUGUGCGUGUUGACGGCUGCACACCUUUUUGACUAGCAUGACGUUGUAGGUUAUUAUCUUAGUGGUUGGUUUGGAUUGAAAGUUUCUAUUCUUCUAAUCUGGUAAUAAUGUUUCUCAAAGAAGGGUUCAGCAUGUAAUGUUGGCGCCUCACUUGUUUUUCAGUCCUCUUCGGAGAUAUAGUUAAUAAUAAUAAUAAUAAUAAUUAAUAAUAAUAAUGAUAAUGUCACCAUUUUUUUAUAUCCAUCGUAAAUUGUUACUUAUUGGUAGUGACCUCAAGUCGAAAGGGUCAGAAUAAGGGUGAUAAUUAUUACCAUUACUUUUGUAUUAAUGGUUGUUAAGGCUAGUCUUUCAUAUAUGCCAUUGGUUGAUGUUUGCUAAUAAGUAGUUGGUUUUUAAACAUUUUUAUAGUGUUAUCUGAAUAGAAAGGAACAGACAGAGUUUAGCAAUACAUAUUUUAUAACAAAAUAGUUGGUUAACUCAUUGGCUAUGAUUGACCUUUUUAUAUAACCUCUAUUGCCAUUUAUAAUAUCUUCUCAAUUCUAGUAUAUCAAAUCCUCAUCCUCAACUUUGAAUAGUUAACUUUAUCUAGAUAUUAUUCCUAUUUAGCCACUACAUCUGCCACGUAGGCAUUCAUGCCCUCUCGCCAUAAGCUUCAAUCUUUGUAUACACAGAAAACUUGACGUAAGCAACUUGUGGCUGGUGAUCUUCAAUGGUUAAAUUAAGUAUGAUAUGUAAAGGUAUAUUUUCAGGCAAAUUCUUACUAAUAUGUAUAGUUAUAUUUUAUGGAGCCAUAAUAGAUCCAAAAAACUGCUGCACUGUUAUGAUUAUGGUAGAACCAUACCCUGUUACAGCAUUAUUAGAUUAAGUAUUGAUUGCAUUUGUAUCAAACUCCUUAAUUUGUCAGUAAGAAUGAAGAUCCAAAACAUAAUUAUAAGACUAUAACAAACUUUCUGCUGAUUGCUGUAUAACCCAACUGUAAUUUUAAGAUAAAACACCGUUUUAUUGUGCUAUCACCACUUUGGGCUGUUUCAGGAAAUCUUAAAAUUUAAAGAAAUACACAAAUCUUCACUGUAGCUUUAACAAAGACUUAUACAUACCAUAUCAGCUUUAGACAUAGUGGUGUGUGCGGCCUAGCUGAGAGGAAGGACACUGCUGCGUAUUGUUUGGUUUAUGCUUCAGGUUUUCUGUGUAUAUGUACAUGUAACCACUCCUUCCUCCCAGUCCUCUCUCAUCCCUGCCUCUAAAAACUCAUAGUGGAACGAACCAGAUAACAAUUUUUGUUUUCCAUUCUCUGAUUCACAACAGCCUCUUCCUUUCACUCUUCUAUUGCCUCCACAUCAAAAUUAGUCUCAUAGCAGAGAAAAGCAGACAAUUUUUGUUUUCUAUUCUUUGACUUGUAAUGUCCUCUUAGUCCUCUAUUAUCCUUGCAUCAUUAUAACAGUCAUAGUGGAGUGCAACAGGUUCACUCAUUUCCAUCUACCUUUCUCAGGCAUACAUCAAUCUUUUACUCUGUUUUCAUUCUUUCCUUGCAUCAAUAUAAAGUCUUGUAGCAGGGGGAAGCAGGUUUAGUUAUUUCCAUCUCCAGUUCUCAGACAUGUAACCUCUUCUUUUUCCCGGUCCCUUAUCAUCUCUGCCUCAAAAAAAAAAAAUUGUAGUUGAUUGAAGCAGGUUCAGUUAUUUCUAUCUCCUGUCUCAGACUGUAACCUCUCCUGCCUUCCUUCCUUCAUCCCAGUUUUUUUCUGGUCCCAAAUAAUGUCUCAUAGUGGAGUGAAGCAGAUUAAAUCAUUUCCAUCUCGCAUUCUCAGAGUAGCAAUUAGGAAAUUAGUGCAGAAUUUCCCCUUGUAAUUUGUAUAUCUCAAGCCAGCCUCAUCGUACUAGUGAUCAUCCCGUAAGUGACAAUCAUCUAGUCAGGUGUUAGCAGCGGCAGCGUUGCCAACAGACACCAAGCGAGUCGGCGGCUAACUGAAUUGUUUUCAUUCACUUGCCGUUAUUCAAAAUUUUGAGUCACUUGGAGGAAAAAUGCAUUGCUGCCCAGAGAUACUGAGUGAAUUUAUUGGCUGAACAGAUUUUUUUUCUCUUUCUUUUCUUUUUUGAAAUGUAACAUGACUCAGAAUUCCUGCAGCCAUUUGGAGGGAAAACAUACUUUACUAAGCUUUCCUCAUGCCCCCAAAAGUCUUCAGCACACCUGCUAGUGCUUGAAAGAAAGUGUCAUGUUACUUGUGGUGAGACGUGUCAGUGUGGACACUACCAGGCUAGGCUCAGGGCAGUGCCAGCUAUGGUGCCGGCAGCCCCACUUAGCACUCCCCUCACCACCCACUUUAUUCGGAAAGAGGAAAAUAGAGAGAAUAGGUUUUUUUUUUUUUUAAUAUUUAUAUGUGUGUAUAUUUUUGUUUAUCUUAAAUGAAGAUGAAAGCUAAGAUCACAAUCGAAAUGAUAGUGUUUUUUUUAUCAGUCAGUCUGCAGUUUCAUUGUCAUUUGUGUGGCUGAAGACUUGGUUUCCUCCUCUCCUCCACUGCUGUUGCUGGUUCACUAUGCUCCAGUCCAUUGUCGGUGUCUCGGUGAAGGUGGCUUGACUCCUUCUAUUCAGGGAAGCACUAAACAAAUCCCUAAUAUCCAGACCCCAGCCUGUGAGAGGUUUUUCUGUGUGUGUUUUUCCCUACCUGCUAUGAUUUAUAUCAGUUUGGGUUGUGAGUGUUUAGUUUGCUUGUGUUGCGCUACCAGUGAUUGCCUCAAAGGCAUGGUUGCUAAUCAAAGGGAAAUCCUAUGAACAUUAUUAUAUAUUUUUAUCUCCACUGUAUGAUUUUUGAAAUUAUAUACUUAGGAACGGAGUAUAAUUAUAUAUAUUCACAGAAGGUACCCAUUUUACAGUUUAAAACUAAUAGUUGUGGCAUUACUGUGUAAUAUAAUAUUUGUUCUUCCCUCAGGCCAGUAAGGGCAGGCAGGGCUCCCCACAUUUUGAAGAACUUGUUAACCCUUGAUUUCAGCUGAAUUCGGUGUAGUUAAUUUAUUCUUACCAAAAUGAAAUGUAGUACAAUAUCAGCAAAAUUUGUCUACUAAAUGUAAAUUUAAAUUAAAAGCAGUACUACAUAAAAAUAGAAUAAUUAAAAGAUGAGACAAAAAUAUCUACUUAAGAUAAAAGGAUCAUGCCCAGGUUAAUCACUAAUAAAAAAAUACACCUGGUAAUUUACCUCUAGAGGCAAUACAGAGGAAAUAAAUCAACCCUCAUAGUGUUACAUUUGGUAUAUAAAGAUUAUUUUUUCAACUAGAAUCUUCACCGGGGCAGCUAAUACAGAACAUAAACUACUUAUCAUAAGUAGCUAUAUUUAGUAAAUAUUUUUUCUAAACUUUACAACCAUCAGCUUGGUAUUCUUAUAGAAAAAAUCAAAUAAAUUUUAAUUUCUUUUUAGAUGCCACAUUUAUUGUCUCUAAAAUGGGUGUUUUUGGUGGAUAUGACUAUUGGCCCCUAAUUGUUUGUGUAUUGGUGGCUAGGCAAGCAUUUUUAGUAACUAUUCAACCUGAUUUCAAUUUGUGAUCAUGUACAUUACCAGAAGUUCAAAUUGGUAUCUGAACCUAAGAGUAUAACAUGAUUUCAGUUUGUAAUUAUGUACCUUAUUUGAAAAGGUUUCUAUUCCUAGCCUUAACUAAAUAUUACAACGUGAUUCAGUUUGUGAUCAUGUAUGUUACAUUACGUUCAAGGUUUCAGUUGGCACCUUAGCAGAAGUGUACAUAAAAUGGUUUCAAUUUACGAUUAUGUAUAUUUCUCCCAAGGUUUCUAAUGAUACCAAAACAGAAGAAGAUGCAGCAUGUAGCUACUUGUUUGGCUGCCAUGAAAGGUGUGUGUAAAGGAAAAAGGAGGCACAAACCACAUCCUAUUUCCUGUCAUGUUUUGUUGGUGUGUGCCCAGACUUAGCUAAACAUGAGCCCCAGCAAAUCCUCCACCACGAAACUUGGCCACCAUAACAACCACCUUGCUCCUACUCGCUGGCAAUACUCUGCUGGCGAAGGGGGCAGCCAAUACAUUAAGCUAUGUGUUGUGGUGUUACAAGUGGGUGAAUGAACCUAAAAUCUCUCUUCAUAUGAUGCUGUGAACUGCAAUAUCACAUGUACAGUACCUUAAUGGCUCUCUUAUACAGGCUUCAUAUAUCAUCCUCCCACCCCACCCCUUGUUAACCUACAUAUAGAUCUCUGCUUGUCUACCUAAUUCAUCCAUGACACACACACACACACACUUUACCUUACUAGUAUACAAAAGUUAAACCAUAUUCUACAGUUAAGGACAAUACCAUUCACUCAUACAUAUACAUACAUACAAAAAUAUAUAUAUAUAUAUAUAUAUAUAUAUAUAUAUAUAUAUAUAUAUAUAUAUAUAUAUAUAUAUAUAUAUAUAUAUAUAUAUAUAUAUAUAUAUAACCUAUAAUACAGUUACCUCAAGUAUACAAAGUUAAAAAUCGAGGAUAGUCUCAUACAUAGCAAUAUACAUAUAGAAUAUAACAAAUAUACAGACCGACACACAUGCAUUACAAUUUAAGGGCAGUCCCUGGAUUUGCUUGGGUACAUGUUUUCACUGCUUUUGAAUGUUUCUUACGUGCAGUGCUAGCAAAGGGACAGUGACGCACUCUUCUGUAGGAACUCGAGAAAUUAAUUAUCAUCCUUAAGUUUAAUCGCUAGAAACACCGAUGGACUCUUUCGUAUCUCCACUCCAUAUGAAGUUUGUGGCUUGAAGUACUCUGGCUCCUCUUUUAUCCAUCAAGACAGGUCCUCAAGUCCUGACCGAUGUUGAAUUAUGUUACAGUUUCUCAAGUCCUGACUCUGAUGUUCUUAUGUUAUAGUUUCUGAAGUCCUGACUGACGUUGAAUGAUAUGAAUACUUCUACUGUUUAGGAAAGAAAGGGCCUCACGUCAUCACACCUUUCUGACCUUUGUGUUUCUCCAUUAAGUCAUGAGAAAGAAAAACGUGAGUUGUGUCGUCCUAAAAAAAAGGUUUAAAUGAUUCACUCGAUCUUCUCCAACCUCCUCUGGUAAUCUGUGCACAUUCACCGCUAUCUUUUACGGUUGAUUAAAAUGUUGUUUUGGUUCAUGAAGUAAUGGAAUGAAAUAAAGACUUUAUGCUCCUGUAAUAUAAUGUAAAAUAAAACUUGUUAAGCAUUUGUAA